AUGGCAGAGGCUGGCACGGCUGAAGGACAUGGCAGCGUUCCAGAGAAAUGCACACAGCAUGUAACUCAAGCAGAAACUGUGCUUCCAGGAAGUGAGAUACAGGCCCUGAGCUCAGGGGGCCUGAGCAGUGCCAAAGACGCUCGACCACUGGGUCCUGGAGAAGCCCCCGCCCUCGGGCUCCGAGUUCUAGCCCCUCUCCUCUGCACAUGGGUACAUACAGUGGUCAGCCCCAAGGACCCUGGACCCAGGCUCGACCCUCUAAAGCCGCCCCCUGGCAUUGGUGUCCUGGCCGAGGACCCACUCAGCUUCUCGUCCCUGGGUGCUCGGUCCUCCAGAAACAUGAAUGUGACUGUGAAGAUGAAGGUUCCCCAGGCAACCCUCCCCCCAAAACUCUCCCCCAAACAACCUCCCCCAGGCAACCUCCCCCAGGCAACCCUCCCCCAAACAACCCUCCCCCAAACAUCCCUCCCCCAGACAACCCUCCCCCAAACAUCCCCCAGGAAACCCUCCCCCAAACAUCCCUCCCCAAACAACCCUCCUCCAGGAUACCCUCCCCCAGGAAACCCUCCUCCAAACAACCCUCCCCCAGGCAACCUUCCCCCCAAAACCCCUCCCCCAAGCAAGCCCCUGGUAACCAUGAAGGAACAAAGUCCAGUCCCCAUCUGA